GGAUCCGGAAUUCGAACUGAUAAGACAAGAGAUCACAUAAAUAUAAGUUUAUGUAAUAGAUUUUAAGUGUCAUAGAUAGCAGUAAAAAAGUAAACUAUGAGCCACAGAGUAGGAUUUGCCUUAUUUGGGCUUGGUAAUAUGGGCUUGGCCCAUAUGAAGAACAUUAUGCUUUCACCCAGAGCUACAGUUAACUGGAUCAUAAGAAACAAGCUAGAAGAUGCUGAGAAAUUUGUGAAAGACUACAAUCUGUCAGCUAAAUGUACUACACCAGACAAACUAGAGGCUGUUUAUAAUGAUCCAAAUGUGAAAGCAGUGUUAAUAUGUUCUCCAACUACCACACAUGAAUCUAUCAUCAAAGAUUCUUUAAAUGCAAACAAGGCAGUAUUUUGUGAGAAACCUAUUACAGAUAACAUAAAAACUACAGAAGAUUGUUACAAUGUAGCAGCUUCCAAAAACAAACCAUUGUUCAAUGCCCUUCACAGGAGGUUUGAUCCUGAUUUUUAUCAGGUUUACUCUCAGAUUCAAGAGAAAAAGCUUGGGAAUCUACGUUUGAUAAAAACAACAAGCAGAGAUUUAGAAGCUCCUCCAAUAUCAUAUAUAAAAACAUCGGGUGGAAUUUUGAAUGAUUCAACAAUCCAUGACCUUGACCUAUCAUUGUGGUUGUCAGGAUCAAUUCCAGAGACAAUAUAUGUACAGGGAAAUGCUUUUGAUCCAGAGAUUGGUAAAUGUAAUGAUAUGGACCAAGUUAUUGUGACUAUUAAGUAUAAGAAUGGUAUAAUAGCAUGUCUCGAGAAUGGCAGAGUAUCUGGUUAUGGUUAUGACCAAAGACUAGAGGCUUUGUUUGAUAAUGGUAUGCUGAAAGUAGAAAACCCUAACACAUCCUUGUUGACUACAUGUACAGGCAAUACUACCUCAUCAGGUCCAAUACAUCCACAUUUUACUACCAGAUAUCCACAGGCCUAUGCCAAUGAACUGGAACAUUUUCUAGAUAUAAUGGAAGGUAAAUGUGAAAUGAGAGUAACGAAAGAGGACACAAUCAAAGUAAUGAAACUAGUGAAAGCUUGUCUUAAAUCUGUACAGACUCAGGGACCAGUUGGAUUUGAUGACUAAGAGCUACUAGACCUGAUCAGCUAAAUUUGUCAUGAAAAUACAUGUAAUAUCAAACUUUAAUUUCCUUUCAUGUUUGUCAAUUUUAUUGUUUUUUUUCUCUGAAAAUUUCAUGCUAUCAUGUAGGUUUACAUUUUUUUGAAAGUUCUUUUUGGUACACAUGUUUUUUUAAACAUGAGACAGCUUUUAUUAGUCUAUGUUUGUUGAGAUUCUGUCUCUUUGAGUACAUUUUGAUAGUCAUAUUAUUAUAUGAAUGCGGUAUUGUCAAAGUUCAUUAAAAAGAAACUGUAUUUGUUUUGCAAGAAAUUAGAUGUUCCCAUUUAUUAUGUAUGUGCAUGUCAGUACUCUAGUCAUACAUGUCUAGCUAGACAAACUAUAAAUUUCAUUUAAGACAAUCAGAAAUCCCCAUUGAACUUACAAAACAGAAAAAAAAAACUAUUAUCUCAAAUACACAUAUGACUAUUUUACUGAAAUUUCUCAAUAUGGUAGUUCAAAUCAGAAAAUUAACCACUGCCUUGUAAUCAUCCAAGUAUUGAAUAUCCUCGACUUUACUUUUUUCGAUAAUCAGUGAGUGUGAGAAGCUUUAGUGUUCUUAUUUACUUUCUGCAUUGAACAUAAGAAAUAUAAGAUUGUUCUUGUAUAUUUUAUUUUAUACAUUAUCUUUUAAUAUGUUAUAAAGAGUUUUCAUAAGUAUUGUUUUUACAAUAUACAUAUAUUUUACUGCCAAUAGCUUUAUUUUUUGACAUGGUUUUAAUGUGCAGAAAUAAUCUAUGCAUUUUGAUGUUAUUUACAAUUGUUUUUAUACACCAGUUAGUGUAUUUGUUACUGAGAAUAUUUUUCAGUAUAUAUCCCUCUAUACAUUUGUUGGAUGUACCAAUGCUUUACCCCCUUUCAAGGAGGGGAUUGUAUAUUGUGAUCACAUACCUUGUCUGUCCAUUUCUACAGCUGUGUAAAUGGUUUUUAGAUUUGCUUGUCAGUUACUCCCUUUGAUGAUAAUUUGAAAAUUUGUUAUACCCACUGAGCAUGGAAUUUUUUGUCAAUGUCUGAUACAGUGGGGUAUACUAUGUAUGAUAUUUAAUGCAACUCACUCAUAUGAUUACUACUAUAAAAAAUUUACUUCUGCUGAAUACCACCGAGAAAUAAUGAAAUAUAUUCCUUUAAUUUUAGAGAAUUUUACUGUACAUCUUUCACCAUUUAACCCUUCAUAGUUAAUAAUAUGGGCUACUCAAUUGACUAUUUUCAUAUCCCGAUUUUUGACUCAAUUAGGUUACCUACUCAGUCAUGUAAGAGUAACUAAAAGAAUUCAAAUCAAGCUUACAAUAGGUGAAAUUUAGGCAGAAUAUGAUAUGUUUUCCGAUGGUUUUGUUGUGUAUAGAAAACAUAAAAUAGUUAAUUUUCACCUUAAAUUGUACCGAUUUUACUUCUUUUACUUGCUCUUUCUUGACCAAGUACUGGAAUGUCCAACCACACAGUAGGUAACCUGUGGAAAAAUUAUGUACUCUGGGAGUCAAAAUUCGAUAAUACGAAAAUAGUACUUCAAGACGUUUUUAUAAAUUUUCUUCUGACUAGAACAUAAACAAUUUUCAAUUUUAAUAACAGCAAUUAGAUUUUUGAUUAGCACUUUCAAAACUAAUAAGAUUUACCAUUUAAAAAAUAUGAACGGAAGACACAGCUAUCAGUCUAUGAUUAUCAUGAUUGAUUCAUUGAUAUUUGAAAAACAUUUUCAACAAAUGAUGGAAUUCAAACUAUGGUCAUUAAUGGGGUCAUAGUUAAUCACAACACAGAAAUAAGACAAAGAGAGGAGCAAAAUUUUAUAAAUUGCUUCUGUGCUUUGAGAAAUAUAAAUGUGUUAACUUUUCAUGAAUUUCAUGAAGCAAGAAUAGGUUUUAUAUCAGCAGUCAAAGUCAAGCAGUACGGUUAUAGACUUUUGAACAUGAUGGUUAUAUAAAAAAAAAAUUUAAUCCCUAGUUUUGGCCUUCAUUUUUAGAGGUUAGGCAUAAGAAAGUUUAACUAUAUCAACACCAGCUGACAGUGGGUUUUUGAAAAAUAAUUUUUAUCUGAAGAAAAUACUGACCUAAGAGAAAAUGUCAAGGUAUUUUAAUCUCCCAUGGCCAUUUUUACAUGUUUUUUUUUUAUUUUAAUGAUAGUGUAAUACUUGUUCAAUAUAAUAAGGUAUAAUUAGUGAUUAGGUUGGGAUAUAUUAAAGCAUUAAGCUGUUAAAUAUUGUAUUAUUGAAAUAGUUUAUAAUAAUUUCAUCACUAUGCCUACAAGUUUAUUUUUAAUCAGAAAUGAUUCCAUAAUUUAUGAUUUGUACUUUUAUAAUAAUUGUUAAAUAUUCUAUACUUUUAAUUACUGUUGAUUAAUAAAAUAAAAUUAUUUUGGAUAGAA